AUGACAAGCGCCGACGCGGCGGCCGUUCGCCACACGCGUGUGGUUCGCGGGGGUCUCACGUGGCCGGCAGUGCGUGGGGCGCGUCUGCUGAAUGCACUGACGCCAAUGAGCUGCGACGGAAAGGACAACGGAGAAGAAGAAGGAGAAGAAGAGAGAGACAGAGAAGAAGAAGAAGCGAAUCGAAACGACCAGAGGGGAGCACGGGACUGUCCGUAUGAAGUUGAGCUGUGCGUUCCUGCGGCCGGUCACGUGGCUCUGGUACUCGUGAGACGCACGUCGGCUGUGCCAUUGAAUCCGUCGGCACGUCGCUGCCAUACAACGACGUCGUCAGCUCCUGCCCCACCAACUCCAGCUGAUCCACGGGUGGUGUAUGUGCUGGAUGCUCUUCCGCCCUCCAGUUGGGGACCUCGGGACGACAGGACGCGGACACGAAGUGCACAGAGGGCACAGUCGCUGCUGCAGCAGGUGGACGAGCUGGAGCUGCUGCAAGAACUCUUUGCACCUCAGACACGAGCUGCUGGGGGCAAAGACGGCAGUGUGUUGAUCAAGGCGCCGCUGCUGUGUGCUCGAUUUGACUGCCGCGUGGUUUCGAUUCGUUUUGUCCAGAGUGAAGCAAAGCAUUAUUACGAAGGACUGAGGAGAUCUCGUCGAAGAGAAGGCAGCAAAGGCCUUGGCGAUGCGUCGGCGUCUUUUCAGUCAGCACCGUCGUCGCGAGAAGCAGCUACGUCCUCACGAGUGGUCAGCUCUGCAUCCCCACUGCGAUGUGUUGUAGCAAGGGAAGAUGGCAUGGCAUUUAUGUGGGAAUGGCAGGCGGAUCUGUUUCAGUGGGUGUUUCUGAACAAAUUGUGCUUUUUAGAGAACCCAAAUUUGAAAUGGACGCGACCCGUUGUGGCGUUCACGACAAGUGAUAUACCGCUAGACUGCAAGAUGCCGGGCUCAAGUUUGGGCACCAGAAGCAGCAACGGAAACGAAAUUGGUCCGAGCGGCGGGACGGAGUUUGUUUGGUGGUCAACAGCAACGAAGCAUGAGCCCAAGCUUAAAGUUCGGCGACUGCGUUUUGAGCGCGCAAUUGAUGCACUUCGGGCGACGGAUGUCGUUGUCGGGAAUGCGUUCGUCCCGAAGCCUCUCUGUCAUGACGUUGUUCAGCUACUAAGCUCAAAACUAGGACUUUUUGUGGUUUCGCGGUCACAGGGGGUUUUCUUUCGCAGCUCGGUGGCUUCACUCAAGACUGUGACAGUGGACUGGCAUGAGGUGUUUUCGCUUGAUAAAGCAGCCGCGACCCCGGAAAUGUCCCAAAUGAUCAUGUGUCUGCACAGCGUGACUGGCGAACUCGUGAUUUUGCAUCGGAAGUCUGGAGAAAUCUAUAUUGUGACACCCAAGUCUCCAAACAUGUCCACUGUUUCCAACAGUGGAGCGCAGGACAACGAAUCGUGCACAUAUCUUUUCGCACGGAAGAUCACGACGUUAGCACGGUGGCAGCAGGACAGUAGUGAUGCGCUAAGCGGGGAUGACCAGGCAUUUGGUGUGAUCGACGUUGUCGCACACCGACAUAUCUUUCUAGUGCUAACUUGCAGUCUGCUUCGCGUACAUAUGCUGAUCACUGGGGAACUUCUCGAGACAGUAAGCUUACCGAAUGCGUUAGCUCGCUCUCCCCAGCGACGUGCGGAAGGCAACAAAUGCAAGUUCUGGACGAUCCCAGGUAGUGCGAGCUCCGUAGGGUUAUGGGCUCCAUGUGGCUUUUGGACAAUCCGGUUGCCUAAGGCAAAGGCAGUUGCAGCUGCAUUGCAUCAACCGCAGUCUGAAAAGCAAAGAGGCCAACGUGAGUUUCCCGAGGCGGCAUUCUUAGCAGUGAAGGACUACGGCAUGGGUGACUUGCAUCUGGAUGCGGUGCGUUAUGGUCUUGACAUUUUGGCGAGACUGACUCCUUCGGCAAUGGAUCUGUCUCAAAGCCAUCCCGAAGUUUGGGAACGAGUAUGGAACACUGUGUCAAGUCCGGCUUUAGUCUUGGCUCUUCUCGACAAUCGAGCUGAGUCUGAGCACGUUGUCCGUGAGCUUACGCAGCACGUAGCAUCGGUCUAUGCUGCUGCAAGGCGCAUCCGUUCGCACGGCCGACUGAGUGGUUCAUGUGCUCCAAGCGCUUGCGAGCACCACUUGCACAGGUUAACGCCUGCCAACCUAGAGUCGCUGCACCAUCUCUCUAACUGGAUUGUCCUGGCCAAGCGUAAGCUUGCUCGUCUGGGAGCAACUGGUGCGAAGACGCCGACGCCGCCAAAUACUGAAUCGUCUUCCGGGUGUUCUGACAACCGCCCGUACCCAGCGAUGAGCAAGCUUACCGCUGUACUUGCAAACAGAGAUGAUUUGUCGAUUGCACAGGACGAACGGCACAACAUUCAACGAAAGGAUUCGAUAUUGGACCCAGAGGAUACGCGCAACUUCCGACUCAGCCGAAAACUGCGCCCCAUGAGCAGUUUGCGCUUCGCUGCUGGUUGUGGUACAAGCUCGGAACGGCAAGGGCAUCAGUGGCUUUUGCAGCUCGAGUCGUUCCUUCUAGACGGUGUUGCUUUCAAGAAUGGACAUCGAUCGAGUGGAAAUCGUCGUGUGAUGCGAGCGGAUACGGCGCCUAGUCACCGACUGUUCCAUAGCGAGCGAGUGUUGACCGAUUUCCGCCACGUUGCAGCGUCUUCAUUUUCAAAGCACAUGUACCUGGAAUCUACGAGCCGCUUGUAUCUACUGUAUGAGCCUGCGUCACUGCUUCCGUUCAUUCAGUGUGUCGACCGUUUCAGUCCUCGGCUCUUCUCAUUGACUGGGCAUCAAUCUUUGUCUCGGUCUCGUGCAGAGCGAGCACUGACACUUUUUCCGCCUUUGGAGUUUUUCACGAACAAAGUGCUUCGAGCCAAGGAGCGCACAGACGGACAAGCAGCGAAGUCCUCGCUCUUAGCCUACGCUGACCUCUUGAGCUACUGCGACUACCACUCUGAAGCAUGUAGAGCGCUUUUGCAAUGCCACUUUUACGAAGAAAGCAAGCGCAAAUUCUUGUUGCUACUGGAGAGUCUACAAGAUGUGCGAGAUCCCUGUGAUGGCGAGCAGAUGGAAAAGGCUCAAAUUUGGACUGCUGCUUCGAAGGCUGUCUUCUUCAUGAUUUUGGAGUAUUGCACCAGUCAUUGUAGCUCCACGGAGCUGAAUGCGGUGCUGAUGCUGAAGCCAGCACAUGUGGAUAUGCUGCUUGUACUGAGAGCAGUCCGUACUGCAUUGUCUCGCAGGAAGCAUCAGCAACAACGAGAGGACGAUGGAGCGUGCGCCACCGGUCCGACUGUUGGGCACUUGCGGUUAGUGCUUGUGAGUCUGAUGCAGCAGCGGCGCAUGGGAGCGUCGAUGUAG